AUGCUUAGCUCUCCGGAAGAGUCUGCGGGCAAUGCCCAGCAGAGCCAAAUUGAAGUCGACGCCGCUCCCCGCGAACCCCCCAUACCCGACAACUCCAAUGUCCCCAAGCCAAAACGCUUAGCCUGCAUGAUAUGCCGGAAACGAAAGCUCAAAUGCGAUGGCGUGAGACCCAGCUGUAGCACCUGUUCCCGCUUGGGACAUAUGUGCGCCUAUGAUGAACAGCGAAGGAAGAGCGGACCCAAGCGAGGUUAUGUCAAGGCGUUGGAGGAGCGUCUGAAACAAGUGGAGACCCUCUUGAAGACCCAAGAGCCGCGUACUGUGGCAGCUACUGCUACAGCAUCACAACAACCCAAGCCCAUGAGCAGCCUCCCGAUACACACUGGCCCUAGUCUGAAUGUGCACACAGGCGUACCCAAACUGUCAAUGCCGACAGAUUUAGGUAUGAUGGGUGGGAAUGACUGGGAUGUGGAUGGCGCCUUCAACACCAAUGGCUCUCCCCAACAGCAGCAACAAGCACAACCCAUGGACGAAUUCAAUUUCAAUGCCACCAUGGGCGUCAACAUGAAUAAUGUUGGGGGGGAAGAUUUCCCAUGGGAAAUGAUUGGAUUGGGGUUGGAGGAACCAUUACCGACGCAGGACACGAUUGACGAGCUUCACCAAGUUUACUUCGAGAAAGUCCACCCUUCAGUGCCUAUGAUUCAUAGAUACCGGUAUCUCGCAGCCAUGAAUCUCGCACCCCCUCGGCGUCCACCAGUAUGCUUGAGAUAUGCCAUGUGGACUUUGGCUUCCUCAAUUUCUGAGAAGUACAUGGGUAUGCGAGACCUCUUCUAUCAGAGAGCUCGCAAGUAUGUUGAGGCAGACUAUAUCAAAGGCUACGGAGAGCAUAUGAUUUCUGUGGCUCAUUGCCAGGCACACAUUCUCCUAUCAUGCUAUGAGAUGAGGAUGAUGUACUUUCCUCGUGCUUGGAUCAAUACAGGCUCAGCUAUACGACUUGCCCAAAUGAUUGGCUUACACCGACUCGAUGGCACCGGGUUGGAUGUAAAGCAGUGCUUACCUCCCCCGAAAGACUGGACGGAGCGUGAAGAACGAAGGCGCACAUUUUGGAUGGCGUUCUGCGAGGAUCGUUAUGCAAGCAUAGGAACUGGCUGGCCAAUGACGAUAGACGAGAAGGAUAUUAUGACAGACCUCCCUGCCUCGGAUGAGGCUUACGACAUGAGCCGACCCGAGCAGACGCUAAGCUUGCAAGACGCAACAGGUCCCCGUGGCGCCUCGAAACUCUCGCCGUUUGGUGCUGUGGUCCUCUUGGCGUCUCUUUUUGGCCGCAACCUCAUCCACCUCCAUCGUCCAGAUGCCGAUGAUCUCGAUAAUGAUUUGAAUGGCCCAUUUUGGAAGCGCCACCGAAAUCUGGAUAAUAUCAUCCUCAACACAUCUCUCUGCCUCCCACCACACCUCAAGUUACCAGAAGGCAUCGCAAAUCCCAACAUCGUCUUUACCAAUAUGGCAAUCCAUACAUCUACGAUAUGCCUUCACCAAGCUGCUAUUUUCAAGGCUGAGAAGAAUAAGCUCCCGGCUUCAGUUGGCGCCGAGAGCAAGGUUCGAUGUAUAACCGCUGCAAAUGAGAUUACCAGUAUAAUGAGGACUGUGUCGCACAUGGAUCUUGCAUCUAUGAACCCUUUCAUUUCCUUUUGCCUCUAUGUUGCGGCUCGGGUCUUUGUACAAUAUCUUAAGAGUCGGCCUGAUGAUGGCCAAUCCUCCGACUCGCUGCGGUUCCUAUUGUCGGCAAUGAAUGCGUUGAAGAGACGGAAUCCACUAACCGAGUCGUUCCUCGUCCAAUUGGACGUGGACUUGGAAGCCCUCGCAGCUCGGAUACCUAAGCUAAAAAAUGCUUUCCUUCGAGGAAAUGACACAAACGGAGGGCAAAGCGGGAACCCUGCUAAUGCACCUUGCAAUAAGACAGAUGGUUUGGGAGGUAUGCAAUCGUAUAAAUGCCAUUUCCUGAAGCCAAAGGAUGAUGACGGGAACCCGGUGAAUGCGCCCGAUCUCGUUGACGCAAUUCAUAACACCGAUACGAUACACAACAUCGAGGCAGUCACUUCAGCAGGUUUCAACUCACAGAACUGGUUAUCGGCCGAACAAUCCAUGUCGGGGCUUACACCAACCUCAGCAGUAGUCGGAGGCUUACAAAGCAUCGGAGGAAGCAGUGGCAGGGACAACCAAGCAUCAUCAGGUUCCCCAGAUGGACAAUCGAAUGGCCCAACACCCAACUCAAGUACUGGGAGCGGGGCGACUCAAGAUCCACGAUCUCGUCUUGCUCCAGGGGCCAUGGGUGGCUCUGGAGGGAACUCCUUUCAGGCGAGCCCCAUAUCUCCUCAUCAAAAUUUAAUGUCUCAGGCCGACGCGAGCAACUUUUUCGGGGCUCAUAGCGGAUUCACAAUGCCUUCAGGUAUGAACGAACAACAGGGCAGCUUUGACCUGUCGAAUGGCUGGGAUGCCAUGAAUGGACAAUCGGAGCUGCCCCCUCUUGGAGAGGGUGUUCUGAGAGCAAUCAUGGACAUGGGCUCAAUUGAUGCCAUGGAUUUGACCCCCUGGGAGUCAACUAAUGAGAAUAUGGGACGAUGA